AUGAUUUAUACCCAACCAAGUCCUGAUACUGUGGCUAGGUUUAAUCAAUUGCCUAAUCUUCGGGAAGCUAAUGAAGCAAGAAAGAAACAAGUUACUGAGGAGACUUUUAAGACUUUAGUCAAAUUUAUUACUAGUACAAUAAAAUUCUGCUUACAAUUUAAUUUUUGUAGUGCAAUGGCAACCACAUUUUUAGGAGUAGAGAGUAGUUUUGGGAUCAGUGGAGUUCGUGGUCAUUUAAUUAGUAAAGUACAAGGAGUACAAAGAGCCUUUAAAAAGUUUGUUGACUUGAUUCAAGAUAAUGCAGAAUCCAAGGUGAUCAGUCAAAUCGAAAAUGAAGUUAAUGCAGAACUAUGCGAAGUACAUGAUGUGGAUAUUAUAGAACUUGAAUUACCAGAAAUAAAGGCCAAGGGCAAAAAACGUGAUAAAAUUUUUGAAGCGAUCCAUGAUAUUUUUAACGUUGAAAUUAUUGACAAUAAAUUAUUCAUAAAAGUGGGUUUACCAUUUUGUUUUAUAAUUAUUUUACAUGCAUUUUCUAAUUCUUUUGUUACUAUUCAGUUUAAUGGCGGAAUAAAAACAGAAACACACAGAAAGUUGGCAAAUUCACUUAACCACCAACUUCCAACUUGGUGGACUGAGAUUGAUGUAAUAUGUGUAGUUAACGGUAAUCAGUAUCGACCUGAUGUGGGUGGUUGGAACCCUAAACCAACAAUUAAUCAAAGACUUACUCCUAUUAUUAAUCCAUGUCCACCACCAUUGUUAUGGAUUGAGUUUUCAAGAUUAUAUGCUAAUUUGGAUGCAUUAACUUGCGGUUGCUUUGGUAAGAUGCAAUAUGCUGAACUUAUGCUCUCAGAACUAGCCUCAUAA